AUGCGUCUCCCAACAGUCGCAACAGACAUAUCACCAGUUGACAGCCUGAACGGCGAGCCCUGCCAGACAGCGAUGGUGCACCAGUUCGCGAAGACUGACAAGGUCUCGGUGAUCUACCUGGACAUCAACAGAGGAGCGGACCUGGUCGAAUUCCACCUCAGGAGUUCUUCAAUGAUCACCGCCUUGCUGGCGCUGUCGGAAAACCAGGCGAGGGAAGUGCUGAGUAGGGCCGUGAAGGAACCGCGCACCACUCACACUCCAGCGCAGAACAGAAUAGAGGGAAACACCGUCGAGCCCUGGCCGAGAGGUCUUCCUGGAGCCGCCGUCGGUUCCAGUGUUUUUGUUGUUCUGGUUCGUCCGGGACCGCACCAGGUCCUGGACUCAGGCCGCAGACGGUGGAUCCAGCUGCUGGUGAUGUCGGCGGACCCUGGAGGGUUCCUGGGAGGACUGCACGUGCCGAUGGACAGCCAGCUGGUGUUCCUGCAGCUGCGAGGUCGGGACCUGGAGGUCAGAGAGGCGUACCGCGUGCGCCGGUCCGGACAGCUGAUAGUCCGUGAGCUGGGGCUGGCGUCGGCCGAAGACCCGCGCUCCGGCUUCUGGGAGCGCCGAUCCGACCUGGAGGGCAUCACGCUCAAGGCCGUCGCGAACAACGUUUCGUUGUACAUUAACUUUGAAGCUCAGCAUCCCCAAAAAAUGGAGAGCUUUGAUUAUGACUUAUGGAAACUACUUGAGAAGACGCUUAACUUUAAAACAGAGAUCAGCGCUAUGAUGGACGGAGGCGCGGGCAUGAUGGCGGACAACGGUUCGUGGACAGGAGUCAUCGGGGUGCUGCAGAGGAGCGAGGCCGACGUGGCGAUAGCCGACAUCACCGUGACCACGGGCAGGUCGGCGGUGGCCGACUUCACUUACGUCUACUGGAAGAACAGUCUGAACGCGUACGUAAAGUGGCCGACCAUGUCGUACGUGUCGGACAUGCGAAGUUUCGCCGCCGUAAUGUUGGCAACCGUCUUCGGGGCAACUCUGGCGCACUUCGCGGCAACGUGGUUGCUGUCCGAGCGGGGCGCGACCAAGUUCCCAGCGCUCUUCGAGGUCUUCUCCGCAUUUUGCCAACAAGGUGUGACGGAAGCGCUGUGGCCCAGCCAUUGUUCGGGAUGCGCCGUGUUCGUGGUGACGCAGCUGGCGGGGUUCCUGGUGUGCAGCAUCUACUCGGCCACGCUCAUGUCUCGUCUGGCGGUGCAGACACGCACGCACAGCUACGAGGAGCUCGUGCAACUGGUCAACUCGUCCUCCUACUCUGUGGGCUACCUCCAAGGAGAUUUCAGCAUUGAGAUCACCAAGCCACUUUUGGAGAAGUGGAACGUGAGGGACUACAAACUGGACCACGACUACUGGCGAGCCAUGGAACGAGUCUGCAGGGGCGACCUCAUCUUCAUAGCGGAGGAAAUGUCGUUCUCCAAGUCGUACAGGGAACACAUGUCGGACCUCUGCACCGCGGAACUGGUCUCCGUGAACGUCGGCAGCAGUCCCGUCUCCUACGCCUUCAGGAAGAACUUGGCCUACGUCGGGGCUUUCAACCGCCAGUUGCUGAAGAUGUUCGAGAUGGGCGAAAUCAACAGGCUGAAGAAGAAGUGGCACAGGAAAGAGAAAACGCUGCAACCGGAGCCGGAGAGAAUCACCAUGAAACACGUCGCACACUGCAUCGCGAGCCUUUUUCUGGGCAUCGCGUUUUCCUUGUUGUGCCUUUUGGCGGAGUUGCUCCUCGCUGGAACAAACGGCUAGGGUGGCUUCAGCUACUAUCCUAUCGAGACACUCCUGUUGUCCUCUCUCACAUCACCGAGGGACCACUGUCCACUCUCACAUCACCGAGGGACUACUGUCCUCUCUCACAUCACCGAGGGACUACUGUCCUCUCUCACAUCACCGAGGGACUACUGUCCACUCUCACAUCACUGAGGGACUACUGUGAACUUUCACAUCACCGAGAGACCACUGUCCACUCUCACAUCACCGAGAGACCACUGUCCACUCUCACAUCACCGAGGGACUACUGUCCACUCACACAUCACCGAGGGACCACUGUCCACUCUCACAUCACCGAGGAACCACUGUCCACUCUCACAUCACCGAGGGACUACUGUCCACUCUCACAUCACCGAGGGACCACUGUCCACUUUCACAUCACCGCGGGACUACUGUCCACUCUCACAUCACCGAAGGACCACUGUCCACUCUCACAUCACCGAGAGACCACUGUCCACUCUCACAUCACCGAGGGACUACUGUCCACUCUCACAUCUCCGAGGGACCACUGUCCACUCUCACAUCACCGAGGGACCACUGUCCACUCUCACAUCACCGAGGGACCACUGUCCACUCUCAAAUCACCGAGGGACCACUGUCCAGUCUCACAUCACCGAGGGACCACUGUCCACUCUCACAUCACCGAGGGACUACUGUCCUCUCUCACAUCACCGAGGGACUACUGUCCACUCUCACAUCACUGAGGGACUACUGUGAACUUUCACAUCACCGAGAGACCACUGUCCACUCUCACAUCACCGAGAGACCACUGUCCACUCUCACAUCACCGAGAGACCACUGUCCACUCUCACAUCACCGAUGGACUACUGUCCACUCUCACAUCACCGAGGGACCACUGUCCACUCUCACAUCACCGAGGGACCACUGUCCACUCUCACAUCACCGAGAGACCACUGUCCACUCUCACAUCACCGAGAGACCACUGUCCACUCUCACAUCACCGAGAGACCACUGUCCACUAUCACAUCACCGAGGGACCACUGUCCACUUUCACACCACCGAGGGACUACUGUCCACUCUCACAUCACCGAGAGACCACUGUCCACUCUCACAUCACCGAGGGACUACUGUCCUCUCUCACAUCACCGAGGGAC